AUGCGUCAAACCCAUUUUCUUAUUUUCUAUUUUGUAGGCACGGGGACCUUUACGCACUCUAAUUUAUUACCUAACUUCUUUCGUAAACAACCUACCCCACGCGUUGCUACAUUGGAGGGCAACGAUUCGAACUACUUCUAUAGUGUCAAGUGCAAAGCUAAUCAUGACACCAAUUCACACUGGGAAGGAGGGGUAAAAGGCACUAGAUGUGCCGUUAGGCUUGAGGCCAACCCUGCAGAAUAUUCGUCGCUCUUUGAAUUUGCACCCCUCCGUUUAUUUAGUUUUCCUUCUGUUCAAUUCAGCAACAGUGGAGCUCGGAAACGAAUGUCAAAUUUCUUGUGCCGAAACAUUACGAUUUCAACAAAUUCUGCAGCCAUCUUUACUACGCAUCGCUGGCAGAGCGUCAAUAACGAGCCAUGCGGUGAAGCUGAUGCGUCUCCGAUGGAUGCAUCGAGUAAUGACGCUUCUGCUGCGGUAGCACCGGCAUCUAAUCAAGAAGUGGACUGCUAUGAUGUGGAACAGCACAUAGCCGAUGCGGAAGUCUUGCUACGCGAGGUAUAUGGCCCCCAUGCUAAGUUAGUGGUUCAGACACUUGCACAGCAGCACGAGAAGCAUCACAACCGCCAAGGGCACUCCAUCACUGAUCAAAGCGUCAUGUCAAGGACAGGCCACGAGACGGGCGUGGACGUCAGCCGUGGUGACUCUUCCAAGGAUUUGGUGUCUGAAUCAUUGUAUCACUAUUCCAAACAAUCUGUUACCCACACAAGAAAAAACAAUAAUCACUGCUAUCGUGUCUCAGCAGCCUUCCGACAACUUGGGUUUCCCGUGGAGCUAGCGACUACCAAGGGCCACAAAAUCCAAGAAGUGAUUGAGAAGUGUCUAACACAAGCACUUAACAGUGAUUUAGUGUUUAUUCAACCAAGUUCCCACAACCAUAACGUAUAUUCUUCACGCAACAACACGUACUUACCUUCGAAAAAUUCCACACAAGAACCGAAGGGGCAUCCUCACUCACAGGGCCGUCAAACCCGCAAACACGGUGGCAAGCGGAGACACACAAUGAAUCCACAUCAGCUCGAGCUCAAGGCCAUUCUGGACGAGCUACGUCAUUUAUGCCUUUUUUUUAGUCGAAAUCUAAAAUUUUCCAUUAGGCCGUCCCUGUUGACGACAGCUCAAUCUUCGCCGCCGCAAGCAGCAUCAGAUCAGGAAGAGGAGGACAUGGAGAGCGACAAUGUUACAACUGCGGACCGAUGGCGGUGCCGGGCCUAUGUCAAAAAUGAUUGGAGUGCUGUUAACCGCACAAUUCUGGCGCUCGAAACGAUAAGCAGUUUACCUAGUGAAGCUUUUUCACAGUGUGUGGCUGAGCUACGCAGGCGAUAUAAGGAAGAGAUGAAUUCGGAUGAUGUGAUGCUGGAGAGCGUGCGCGAGGUUGAGCUGUUGGAGCCGCCGGGCUGGUGUGUGGAUGCCAGAUGUAUGCAAGAGGUGGACAGGACAGGGGACACCACAGACAGUAAAAGGGUUGUGGUGACAAGCGUACACGACACGACUGCAGAGAUCUCAGACGAAAGGAGGGUCGAUGACGCUACUAGUGCAGAACCAGAUGAGGGGUUCGACAGGUUUGUGCACACCUACUGCGCCUAUGUCAAUAUGGAAGACGAGUAUGGUAAUGUGACCAUGACGCAGACGCGUCGCCAGCCAACACAGAUUCAAGCGUACCAAAACGCAGCAUUACAUGCUAUCCGUUCGAGAAGUCUGUGGGGACGUAGGGCACACUUGUUAAGUGAAAGCUUGUCAUCAACCCCACUGCUGGUACGAAUGCGCUGGCAAUUUGACGCCAUGGUGACAGCAAUCGCAGAUUUCACUGGAAAGCAGCCACAUGAAGUGGCCGAAAUACGCGUCGAAGGGAUCGGCAACUCAGCGUCAAACCAAUCAACACAGAAUAACAUUGUUUUGCUAUCGUCCUCUGAAUUGGCUGUGCAUAAUUUUUCGUCAGCAUCUUCACCUAAUCUGUGUUUUAAGACAUCCUUUUCAUGCGAUGGGGCGCUUGUAUGGGAGUCAACAAGUGGUGGACGGUAUCGUAUCGAGUUUGACGCUUACGUUCAGGCUCUGCACUACCUUCUUGAUCAGUAUGGAGACCUUAUUGCCACAUGGACACGCAAGGGCACGUCUGAUGGUCUCAAGUACCAUUUUUAUGAAGACAGCUACAGUAGUGACGCAGGGCUUCUCCGCAUGGGCGACACAUCUAUUCUGUUUCCGUCGUCUACUAUGCUUCAGCUCGCAGUCGAGCUCCAUGAUCGCUUUAAUAUUCUAAAGAAUCACAGCGGCAAGUGGAACUGCUAUGCCCUAUUGGGAACCCUCACAUCGCGGCUUAUCGGGUGCUACUAUAAAUCCUCUUACUCGUUCAAUGAAGAGACCAAGGAGUGGUGGUCAACGUUGACAGUAGACGACGGGUUAAGGGUUGACCAAAUUCUUAUUCAGCGUUCCUCUAAACUGAAAGGUGAGUCCUGGCGGCUUGCUUGCUUGGCCGCCCUGCGCGAGAACUUUCCGCGGCAAUAUGAGGAAGUAAUACGACGCUAUCCGGAUGUCAAUCUCUCGGGUGAUACCAUGGCUCGUAGCUCUCGGUUCCGCGCGCUGCCGCGUGAGAAGCGUAUUCAGCACAUUGGAAAUAUUUUCUCCUUGGUGACAACCUUCGCAGAGGAGGACCUUGGGUGGACUCAACUGCGAAUCCGACUGCGAAACGCAUCGGGGGAUAUCGGCCUUCCCCAGUGGAUUGCCGAAAUGGAGGCGCAGGUGGAAGGUGAAGAGGGUCGACGCGUGGUUGCAGUAUCCCCGUCCUACGCACAGGUUCGGCACGCCCGCCGCGCUCUUAUAUAUCGUGUGGCGAAGGCCUACUUCCCUAAGGAACUGGCCGUUUAUCAGAAACUACAGCGGGACGAUUCUCAGGACCCCGAUGCAGACCCUACGGUACGUCGUACAAAGAUAUACCAAGUUGGCGGGCCACCCUUUCUAUGGCAGCUGUGCACGCUGCUGGGGAGCAAGCAUCCAAGCCUGGAGCCCAUCACGUGGCAGAUUCGACUGCGCCCUCGCGUACAAAACUCUAACGUGGCCUCUGAAGAAUCAACAGAUAGUGUGGGGUCGCAGCAUAACGACGUUAACACGAAUGAUGGUAGAUCACUUUUGCACCCACCAAGUAAUGAGGAGGUUGGGGAAUGGCUAAGUGUGUUGAGCGAGGGUAGUCCUCUGGCAUUACUAGAGAUCUUGUCAUCUCCAGAUCAGCUACACCAGCCGCUUGGUGCUUACCUCACUUAUGCCGCCGAUGUGUUUGGUGCGAAUGGUGAUGUUCUUAUUACUGAAUAUCAUGGUGGGCCUAGCGAAAGCGCUGUAAAUGUUUUGAUAGCAGCCCUCAAGGCAGCAUCAAAACAGUUGGGCGGCGCAGACGCGGAGGUGCUGUGGACAGAGUAUGAGACACUUCCAUGCCCCUCCAUGAACCACCCGAAGGAGCUGACGUUGUAUCUAUUUUACACCUUUUUCGGAGACAGUGGGGCAGCAUGGAGUUCAACAGAUGACACGCAUCCGGUGACAGCAUGGAAGUCUAAUGGUGCAAUAGUCAAGCCGGAUCCCGAUCAAAGUUCCGGUCUACAGACUGAAUCGAGCAGCGACAAUGAGCAGCCGACACCAAUGCCAGCUACUCGAGGAGGGGAUUCCUGCGAAGCAACGCCGGCAAUUACCAAUGCCUCUACACUCGCCAUCAACACGGUUCAACUGGGAAAUUAUUGGGUGUCAACGGUGUGCUUGAGGGAGUUAGGCAUGUUGCCUAUCGCGCGUGCCAUAGCCGCCACUAAGCGGGGUAGCGUUAUGGACGCUAUAACGCUGGCUGCCCGACUCAGUUUUUCCCGCCUUCUGCAUGAAAUGGCGAAACGUCAACCAGCCUUGUCGGCAUUGGCAACUGAACUACUAAGUGAUCCUAUUGUAGAAAAUUUGCCAGAAGUUGCGGUACGCAAUUUGUUGUCGCAGAUGGAUUACCAAAGGUAUGCUGGCCAGUUGAGGUUGUCGCCGUUCAAACUCCUCUUGAGGUGCAUGUACCGAGACUACAGACGGCGGAAACGAAUUCGUGCUCAGCAGUCCCAAGAGGCAGGUGGAGGGAGUUUUCAGUGCCGCCUUUAUCUACAGGCUGACACACGGGAAGUAACGAAGGGGGGUGCGCAGCUUGUGGGGUUCGGUUCUGCACUAAGUUCUGGGGAGGCGUUGAAUCUGGCCUCGCUCAUGGCCUUGAAGAACCUUUUCUCAGAGGACGCCACUGCAUUGUUGGGAACUGUAGGGUAUUAG